AUGCUAGCCAACUAAAUACCUAAAAAAUCAAGCUUUUCUAAUCCUAAGCUUGUUCCUUAACGCAGUUCCUAAUCUCUUAUUCCAAAAGAUCAAACUUCAGGAAAGAAAGUAAAGAUAUAAAAGCAGGUAUCGAUGAAUGGUGGAUCGAUGAAUAAGCUAUCAAUAAAGACUAGAGAUAGUCAAGAUGUUUAGAAAGUCAGUUUUGGAGUCUCUGAUAAAACCAAUUCAAGAAAUACCUAAUAACAAAUCUAGCAAAAUAGGGCACUUGUAGCUGAGAAAAGAAGAGUACUUCUUCAGUCAAGAAAAUUUGAGCACAUUACAGGUUUUAAUAUCAGUAAGUUGAAGAUAGAUGAUAUAGUGUCACAAGUAAAUCAUGAUGGACUCACCUUCGAAGGAAUGCCAAGAAUGAUAUUCGAAGAUGAGAGACCUGGGCAGAAAAUUAACUGGAUAAAACUAGUUAAUAAUAUGAUCAGUUUCGGCCAGUAAAGCCAAGAAAAUUUUAGAAAGAGAGCAAAUCAUAAGUAAGAGAGGGAGCAGAGCCCGCAGCAAUGGGAUAUUCAAUAGCAGCGACAAGAAGCAGACAAUCUUUAAUCUCGAAUUUCUUUACUUGAAAGUCAUGAAAGAUUCAAUUAGAUGCCUCAAUAUAGACAUGAGAAUUUAAGAACAAGCAAGUCCUUUAGAAAGCUUUAGGAACAUGAGUAAUUUAGAUUUGAGAGAGACUAAACAUAAUCAAUGAUUGAUUAUCAAGAGGAUGAACUAGAAGAAGAUUAUGAUUUUGAGUCUCUAAAUUAUCGAAGAAAAAUGAGAAGGAAGAGCUGUGUUUGUACUUUAUGUUCUGGAUCUAAAUUACUUCAAAAGAAAGGUACAGGAUUAGUAUCAGAUGACAUGGUAAAGAAAUUAAGAGAAGAAGAAAAAAAAUCUUUAUUUUCCCAUCAACCGCAAUAAUAAAGCAAAAUUACUAAAGAGCAAGCAAACAAAAUUAGAAUAAAUAUAAUCUAGCAUUAAGAUGAUGUUAUAAGCAGAUAAAUUCAAAAUGAAAUUUAAAUUAAUAAUAAUACUUCCAAUGCUCAUAGCAAUAAUAGUUCUGAUGUACAGUAUCUCUAAAUAGAUUAGUAAUAAAAAGAUUAGCCUCCCUAAUACAUAAUAAAGAGACAUUAUAGCUAUGAUCCAAAGGCAUUCUUUAAUAACCAAUUAAAUUCCCAACUAAGUAACCUUAAAGCCAUGCACCUUAGAUAGUAAUCCAUAGGGGAGACUGAUGAGUAACACAAUAGUCAAAAAUCUAACGAUGGGCAAUCAUAAAUGAUUAGAUGCAGGACUUCUUUUCCAGAUCAAAUAAAACCUAAUAGCAUUGUUAAGGUACCUUAACCAUUAUUUAGGGAAAAGUAUUUUAAAGUUCCAGACACUAAUAACAUUCUUUAACCUUUAAAGCCAAACUAUAACUUACUAUCAGAAGAGACUAAGAAGAAGUUGAGAUUUCCUCAUUUAGCCAAGGAUUUGAUAGAGAAUAGACUUAACAUUAGGAAUAAAAAGAACAACUUCUGGAAGAUCAUGACAAGUAAGUCAGUUAAAGAGCUUGAGAUAAAGUAUAAGUACAAACCUCAAAGUGUGAAUAGAGAUACUCAUAAAAUGUACAAACAAAAGCCUAUUACAAUUCCUAAGGGUUUUAUCUAAACUAGUAGAAUCACAACUCCUAAAGCUAGUGUCUAAUCACCGAAAAGAAUGAGCUAAGGAAUUAGUCUGCCAGACUUUGAUAUGAAAAAUGGUGAGGACAUAAUGUAGCCAUUCACCCAUCGCACGUAAAAAAAUUAAGAUUUAAAGAAUGAAGAUCUAUAGAUUCAGAAGCUAAAGUCAUAUAAAAUAGGAGCUAGUUAUUAUUUUACACCCACUAAUUUUGCACUUAAGAAUGCUGCUUAUCAUGUAAAAAAUUGA